AUGAAUCCAGCAUCAGAAAAACAUCACCGGAAUGCUUCUAGGUCUUCUCGGCCCCGCAGCUCAACGAGAGGUCCUCUAGAUGCAUCAGAUGAUCCACUCGCCCCCUCUUGCUUACCCACUUCGCCAACCAAACGCAAAUCAAUGCUUGCUUCAGACCAUUUCACCGGGGCAUCAUUCCAUGAGCUAGAUCCGCUCGCCCCAGAUGAUCUACCAGAAACAUUAGGAAAGGACCUGUCUUUCCUUCUUCGGCACAACAUCUACCACACUCUCUCCCAUAUUGAUAUUCCACCGCCGUUGCGCACCGAAUUCAUUAUCCUUAAUCCGGGAGAACCCCUGUCGACCUCUCUUGGCACCCUCGAGAAAGUAGUGGCUGAGGGUCGGUUCCUCGUCGCAGCGCAUUUCGCGGCAGCCAUUUUGACAUCGUCCUUGAUCUCUCCGACGGACAUCAAACUGAUUUUCUCCCUAUUUUACACACGACUGGCAUGUUUGGAGCUGUCUGGAAAUACAGUCCUCGCAGCACAAGAAUCAAAAGCUCUCGAAGAUUUGAGCUCCACAUUUUACUAUAUCGACCUGACUCUAGAGAAGCCUGGGGCUGUUCAAAAUGCUGAUAAUGAACAAGCCCAUGCUCAUGCGCCCGAUCCUCGUCACAUUGUCCCUUGGCCUCUGCGCGUUCUGGCUGUACGGCUCCAGAGUAUUGGCUUUGGUGAUUCACGCAGAAGCAUUGGUGGACUGUAUGAGAUUGGCUUGGAAGCUCGCAGGGAAAUAAUGCGGAGCGAAAUCAGUGAGUAUGAGCGGAAAAUAUGGAGAGAGAGAUUGGCAGACCUUGGUGUCAGAAGUGUGAACUCGUUGAUAGAAAUGGGUGAUUUCGAUGCAGCCAGACGAUCUCUCGAGGCCUUGCGGAUACCUGGACCAGAGACUGAAACCACCAAAUUCAGGAGAGCAUUAUUACUUCUACGGAUUGGUGACCUUGAUGCGGCAAGUCAGGUAUUUGGCGCCUCCAAUGACACCAAGGAGGCUGCUCUAUUGGAGCCUCUUUUGAGUAUGGCAGAAGGCCGUUACUCAGAUGCUGUAUCUCAAUGGCGCACCCUUGGCGAAGAUAAGACACGGACAGAUGGAGCUCUGGUAGCUCAGAACAUGGCAGUGUGUCUACUUUACACAGGACAACUGGAUGAAUCUCGUCAGAUUCUUGAGGCUCAAAUCUCCGCCAACCAUUCGUUUGCGGGGUUGAUCUUCAACAUGGCAACGAUCUGA